AGAAUGGAGGGUGAGAGCACGUCGGCGGUACUCUCAGGCUUUGUGCUCGGAGCGCUGGCCUUCCAGCACCUCAACACAGACUCGGACACGGAAGGUUUUCUCCUUGGGGAAGUGAAAGGUGAAGCCAAAAACAGCAUUACUGACUCCCAAAUGGAUGAUGUGGAAGUUGUUUAUACAAUUGACAUUCAGAAGUACAUUCCAUGCUAUCAGCUUUUUAGGUUUUACAAUUCUUUAGGUGAAGUAAAUGAGCAAGCACUGAAGAAAAUACUAUCUAGUGUCAAAAAGAAUGUGGUAGGUUGGUACAAAUUCCGACGUCACUCAGAUCAGAUUAUGACAUUCAGAGAGAGACUGCUUCACAAAAACUUAAUGAAGCAUUUUUCAAACCAGGAACUUGUUUUUCUGCUACUAACACCAAGUAUAACAACAGAAAGCUGCUCUACUCAUCGGUUGGAACAUGCCUUACAUAAACCUCAAGAAGGACUUUUUCAUAGGGUACCUUUAGUGGUCGCCAAUCUGGGCAUGUCUGAACAACUGGGUUAUAAAACUGUAUCAGGUUCCUGUAUGUCUACUGGUUUUAGCCGAGCAGUAAAAACACACAGCUCUGAAUUUUUUGAAGAAGAUGGAUCUUUAAAGGAGGUACAUAAGAUAAAUGAAAUGUAUGCUUCGUUACAAGAGGAGUUAAAGAGUAUAUGCAAAGAAGUAGAACACAGUGAGAGAGCAGUAGAGAAACUACUGGAAGAUGUAAACAAAUUAAAACAAGAAAUUAAAAAAAGAAAACAAGCACAAAUCCAAGUAGCAGGAGACACAAAUGUCCCAGAAGAACCUCAGGAGAACACUUUUCUUUGUCAAGCUUUACAAACCUUAUUUCCAGAUUCUGAAUUUCUUCAUUCAUGUGUUAUCUCUCUGAAAAAUAGGCGUAUUUCUAAAACUUGCUGUAACACCAGCCACCAUCUUGAUAUGGUAGACAAACUGACGUUAAUGGUAGAAUGCACUGACAUUCCUGAAGCUAGUCAAGCUUGUACACAGCAGAUAAUUAAGCGUAAAGCAUUAGACAUGGAUGAUGGAUGGCAAUUCAAGAAAUCACGGCUGCUAGAGAUACAAAUCAAACAAUCUAAAACAGAUACUGAUAGAAGUAAUCAAGAAAAAGCAUCCAGGGUAAGCAGUCCAGAAACAGAUGAAGAUGUUGAGAAAACAAAGGGUUCUAGUGAAUAUCCACGGUCGCCUACCUUUUGAUCCUUUAGAUCAAAACGAUUUUUAAUUGUAUAAAGGGUAAAGCCAAACAUUUUUAUUGUUUUUAUUAUGUUGUGCU